AUGAGUGAUGAGCAAUUGUACAGCCUGCCACCAUCUCCGCGCUCGAGGCACCAGCCUUCGUCAUACCGACGAAGCCCUGAACCCGUAUCGCAGAAACGGAGACGCAGACCGAAUCAUGACAGCCUUGUUGCAAUGGGAUCAUGGACUAGCCAAAGCACCCACAACGAAGAACCAUGUACAAGAUCCGGACGUGAAAAAGGCAGCAGCAGCAGCUUCCACGACAGCGACUUUCCAGCCAAGUAUGCGCCAUACGAUGACUUCAUCCUCUUCCCCGAUGAUGCUGGAGAAUACAUUCACGAGGACUUCACAGUCCCCGCCCACUCAUCGUCAGCGCCUGGGGCUCCCCGCAUCACCAGGCUCCGCACACCAGACCUGGCACCGCUGUCGACAGAUGUCCAAUUCUUCCCCUGCCUCGGCGAUGAAUCUGAGCGAGACAGGAUCAACGAGGCCUGGUACAUUGCCGGUCGGGAGAGGGUUGAGUCUCAAUUGGAUGAUGCCUUGGCUUACAUGGCGGCUGUAGAGGGACGCAGUCGCACGCGGAGAGGGUGA